AACCAGUUUAUAGUAGCAGUAAGGUCCCUCAGGGGUUUGUGAGAUAUGGCCAAUAUACUACGGCUAAGGGCUGUACAUAGGCACUUUGCGUUGCAUCGUGACUAAUAACAGCCCGUAGCCGUGGUAUAUUGGCCAUAUACCUCACCACCUCGGGCCUAAUUGCUUAAAUAUACCACGGCUUUCAGCCAAUCAGCAUUCAGGGCUCGAACCAGGUUUAUAAUUGUAAAUAAAUCCACUUUGCACAUGUGCAUAACUGUAGAUACACCCGACAGAUCUCAAUCUAUGAGCAAGAAAAACUUGGAUGAACUUAAAAAAACGAAUGUAGGCUAUUUUCUGGCAAUUGUGCUGUUAUUAUGUGCCAAAUGUUAAGACUACAAAUGGCCCAUUUGCAGAUUGAUUUAUCCUUCCAAUAGGCAUGGGCUACAGACUAAAAUCUUGGUUUAUGAUUGUAAUUCAAUUUUUCCAUGGUUUGCUUUGAUAAAAGCAGGUAGACUAUAGCCCCUGAUAGGCCUACAUCUAAUUUCAGAUAGUCUACAGUAGCCUAGACAUGAGGCAAGUGUAAACUGAACGAUUUAGCAGUUUGCUUAGUUCAAAUUAACAGACUAAUUUAUUCAUCAUGAAUAGCGAGGUGAUGAAGAGGUAAGAAGUGCUUGUGUUUAUCAAUAGCCUGCUGGAAUAAGUUACUGAGGAUGGGGUAAUAAUUUCAAUCACUGAAUUAAAUAUUAAUAAUAUGUAUAUGAACUGAAUAUACUUGUCAACAACAGCCAGUGUUUACUUUUUAGAAUUGGUUUUUACCUGUAACCUAAUCUGACGUUAACGUCAAGCUGAUGCUUUCUAUCAACUGAUCGGCAAUUGCGAUAGAGCUUUGAAAAUUUCAAAUUUAAUUAACCAAACAUGUCCAUUAAUAAUUGCAUAGUAACACAAGGUUACAGCAACAAUAAACUGAAGUUAUAGGCUAUAUUUAUUAAAUUAGUUUGCCAGCUCCAGGUAGGCUACACCAGUGCCACAAAUUGAUUUGCAAUGACUCCAGUGAUAUCGUCAUUUCAACAUAUUUAUUGUAUCAAAUGGUAGCCUACAAUGGCAUAUACAUUAAGGCUACUUGAUGGCCAACAGAGGCAAAUGUAUAAUUCUUCACAUUUAGCCUAAUGUCAGUCUCAUUGAGGCCUUUUCCCCAUAACUUUAAAUUUCCAUUCGGGCAGCACCCGAGACCGAAUAACUGAACAUGCAUAAAGCACUUCGCUUGAUACCGUUUUCUUUCAAAUUAAGCAGUCGACAUUAGAAUGCAGUUUUAACCACCUCCGAGCGAAUUUAUGUAAUGCCCAACGUCUUUUUCCAGUGCUUUGUCUCCAUUAUUUCUUGAUGUGCAUCAGUUCUAGUGUAUUAAUAUGUUUUAUGGAAGAUGGGUUGGAAAAAGGUGUCUCCAUAAUGACAAUAUACCCUACCUACAACUGGUUAAAAAAAAGUUAUAUACAACAAGGAAACACUGCCUGGGAUCAUCUCAGGGUUCAUCACCCACUUCCUGGUUCUGAAGUCAUGUGACUCACUUAUCAUUGACAGCUCAUCUCUGUGGUGGGGAGAUAAAAAGCACACAAAAAAGCGAAAAAUUAUGUCUUAUGUCAACUUAAACUAUGUGUUGAAUAUAUCAAAUUCCAGUUAUCUUGAUGCAAACCAGAUUCAAAGCCAUGGUACAAACUUACAUGGAGGACAUAACUCGUCAUAUAACAUUUUAUUUUAUAUAGCCUUACAUUGAAAUUAGACUUUGACACAUCAUACAUGGUUUUUAUUUUGAAAUUGAGAACCACAAUAGGAUGUUCUUACUUUCAGCACAUUUUUUUCAGCAAAAUGUUUUACCUAAGAAUGAGCAGUUGAGAUGAUGUACACCAGGUGUGUCAAACUCAAACUAAUUCAUUUUGUUUUUUCCUUUCAAUUAAGCUCUAGACAACCAGGUGUGGGGAGCUCCUUACUAAUCAGUGACCUUAAUUCAUCAAUGAAGUACAAGGGGGGAGCUCAAACCCGCAGCCACUCGGACCCGUGGAGUUUGACACCUGUGAUGUUUUGCGAGACACCAGAUUGCUUUCAACAGUAAUUUCAACAGAAACCUGUGCAGACAGGCUUAUGAUAACCUUAUCAAUCACUCACAACAGUCGGGGCCUUUUGAUCAUACUCCUAUUUCCUGUUUAUUAGAAACCUUUCAUUUUGACAAAGAGACCGCUAAAACUCAGAGCAAUGACACACCACCCUAUGUCAUUCUUUGUGCCCCUUUGAACUUUAGUGUUCUAUUUUCUACGGAUCACAAGGUUAUGUAUGAUCAAGGUUAUGUGUGAAAUGUAAAUGAUUGGAUAGUUUUGCAAAUGCAUAUACAACAAUAUUUAUUUAUUUAUGUACAACAUUCAAAUGACUUCCCAUAUAAACUGACAUUAGAAAAGCAGGGCACACAAUUAUCUUUGCCAGUAAUUGGGUGUUGCUUCAUGUUAGGACAAUGAGAAAUGGCUGAAGACUACCGAGUGAGCGAUUUCCCUGAAGCUUACCGAAUGAUGGUCUCUAAACACAAAAUGAUGUAGACAACUGUUACUUAAAGGGGUACAAAUGCUUGUCACUUUAGUGGAACCCUGUAAGGUAUGUCCAUUGUACCUUUAGUUAUAGGUACCUAAUUGUACCCUCGCAGUUCAUACCAUUAAGAGCCAAUAGUAUACUUUAGAGCAGUGGUUCCCAACUUGGGGUACUAAAAUGCAGGUGAGAGGGUACUUCAGGAGUACUCCAUCCAGAGUAAAAUUCAUUUGGUGGUACAGUAACCGAAACAGUUUGGGAACCACUGCCUCAGGGGAUGAAACAUGGUUGUUGCAUUCAAUGGCUUUCAGUCCUGUAGCCUUCACCAAGUGCCUAAAUUAAUAUUUUAUCAUAGAACCUUUUAUGACAAUACAUUACACAUAUCAUAAAGCCAUACUUUAACAGUCUAGUUUUAUCCCAACACAGUAAUCUGAAAUCAGUUAAAUUACAUUAUGCUGGUUUGCAAAGUUAUAUUUAUUCCUGUUUGAAGUGAAGAAAUCCCUUUAAUCACCCACAACAUGCAUUUAGCAUCUGCCACAGUAUCAGUUUCUAAAUGAGAUUAGCUAAACCAUUUAAACAGGAACAACUAUCUCAGUAUAACAGGUGCAAUAAUUACUAAUAGAUUGGAUUAGUAAUUUGAAAAAUAAUGUUUUUUGUCUUUGUGUAACAUAAGAUCAAUCUAUCAAUCAAUCAAUGUACAUGCAAAAACACACAAUGUGCAUCUAAAAACAAACAUGUUGAAUUAUAAAAAAAUUUAAAAAACUAGCAAUACAGCAUGCUGGGAAAUAUGCUAAUGAAGGGUGUGGUUUUAUACCCCGGGGAACAAUACUGUACCCUAACCAUACUCUUUUUUUCUGAGAGGGUAAGACAAAGAAAAUAAACAAAGAAACCACAACAUAUUUCUAAAGAGUCUCUGUGCUUAAAAGGGGCCUUGAUCAGAACAGUGAUACAUGUUGUUCCACCGUGUUGUCUGGGGUAGGAUGAACAACCCAUUAGAACAAGAAACAUUUUCAGUCACAUAUAAAGAAUUUGAGGUUGCUGACUGGCCACUGAUUGCUAUUGGAGAGGAAACAUUUGUAGGGCCCUCUCAACAAGCAGAGAUAGGCCCCAGUUGCUUUGACAGAGCCCCCUGAAUUGUGUUCAUGAUGAUGGGCCCAUCACGUCCAAACCAUUAAGACUGAGACUGGGUGACAUGACGAUGUAUCGAUCCCGUCGUGAUGGAUGGUCGAGUAAGAUAUAAAAGUGAAGUUCCUAGUCAAGAUAAAGUAGUGCAGUACAGAGCCACAUAAGCUAUUGUCAUCAUGCUGUCCUUAGCACUGUUCUACUUUUUAGCUGUUAUUUGCCCUGCCAGACGGACGCAUGCUCUACCACUGUAUCCAGACACAAGCUUGGAACCCCAAGAAGUGCUGAUCCAGCAGUGGGUGGCAGAGGUGGAGGAUGGAGAGAACACUGAAUUGACUGACCAAAGAGAGGUGAAGAAUCUCUACCCUCUCCUGCUGCAGCGCGAUGGAGUCAGGGAUACAUGGAAUAAAGCAGGAGCUAAAGAUUCUGUGCAGCAGGAUAAAUUUGUCAACAUGGUUGAUGAUCUGAAGGUGGUGGUGUUGAAGCUCGCUGCAGCCGACAAGCUUCGCUCUCAGGGCUUCCUUCGUUCAGAGCAGAACUUGCCGAAAAAUAACAAGAGAGGUGAGUAAAAUCAACGUUACCCUGAACCGACUCUGUCCAACACCUUUCCUUAUGUGUUCCUUAUGAUCAUAGUAAGAGCAGGUGUUUGCUGAGGACAAUUGAAAGCACAGUAUGGCGUCAACAACUUAAGAAAAUACCAUAUAUAUGCUGGCAUAUUUACAAUGCAAUAAAGUGUUUGGUAAGGAUGUUUAACUAAGGACUGUCUCGUCGAAGGUGACAUGGAGUAACUACCCAUUGGGCACACAGUGGUUGAAGCAAUGUUGUUUAUUGAACUAAUGUGGAAUAGACGUUGAAUUAACGUCUGUGACCUGUGGGUAUAGCCUAGCAGGAUACAAACAGUAGGUGAUGUAACAUGUUAGGACUCGUGAAGGCAGAAUUGAUGCACAGAAUCUUGACAUGUGUCUAUCUUUGUCGCUUUCUUUCCUGGAUAGCAUGCUUCUGGAAAUACUGUGUGACCAACUAGAAGCUGUGUGGUGAAGGAGGAUAAGAGACGUUUCGACGAUGCCUGGACAACAAGCUGUCCCUUAUUACAUAUUAAACGUACGUCCCCAACACAAUGUUUAUACUUAUAACCCUAGACUCAAUUAUUUAUGAAAAUAUAUUUUUUAAUCCGGUUGAAAAGGGCCUUGCGUUGAGACUGGCUGACAAUAAAAUUAAAUAUAUCGUGUGGAUUGAACGGAACAACUUUGUUUUUGAGAGACCAACACUGUGUAAGAUUGCAUAUCAAUUUCUAUACAAAUACACAACGUAUAUGCCUCGAACCAAUGCUUGGAAGCAGAAUAAAGUCAACAACAUUAAACACUAAAAUUAGACUUCAACUAUAUUUUAGUUGACUAAUUUAGAAAUGCACAGUAAAUACAUAUUUUGUGUAAUCAUACCACAUAAAUCACUGACUGCAUAUACUGUAUAUGGGAUGCUUUGAAAUGAUCAACACACACACACACACACACACACACACACACACACACACACACACACACACACACACACACACACACACACACACACACACACACACACACACACACACACA